CAUUCAUACUCAGCAGAAGCUUGCCAUUAUGACAAUAGGGCGGGCCUUAGGAGGUAUUAAGCAAAACCGGUUUCGAAAGCUUUGGUACUGAGUAUGCAUGACAAAAGAGGACUUAUAUAAUAACGAUAGGCGCAUAUGGCGUCGCAAGCGCAGCCGGGCUCCCAGGCAGCUGCGGGCCAGGCACCGGGCUCGACAUCCGCGGGCAAGGCGCCAUCGGCUGGCCAAAUCCAGUUCGAGGUGUUUGCGAGCGAGCUGCUGGAACGGCUACAGCGUGUGCCGCAGAAGGACCGCAAGAAGGUGCUGGUGCUGCAGCGCUUCAUGUCACGGCACGUGCCCCGUACGGACGGCGACGACUUGUACGGCCUGUACCGCCUGCUGCUGCCGCGGGAGCACGACGAGCGCGAGCGGGGAAACUACAACCUCAAGGAGGCCAAGCUGGCUGCCGUGCUGGCCCUGGCUGUGGGCGCCAGCGCCAGUGACACGCAGCGCGCCAAGAUGUGGCGGCAGCUGGGCCACCUCAGCAGCGGCCAGUUCGACAAGGUCAUGUACGAGCUGCUGUUUGUGAAGUACCUGCGCCCCAACCCGUCUGACGGCCUCUCACUGCAAGAGGUGAACGCAGGACUCGACGAGCUGGCGGCGGCCUCGGCCUCCGGAGGGCCCUGGGCCGGCCCCGGCGGCGGCGGCGGCGGCCCUGGCGGCGGCGGCCCUGGCGGCGGCAACGGUCGCGGUCGCGAGCGGCAGACCGCAGUGCUGCGGGGUCUGCUGCAGCGCUGCUCGCCACUGGGCGCCAAGUGGCUGACGUGCAUCGUGCUGCGCGACCUCAAGCUGGGUAUCUCCGCCGAGACUAUAUUGCGCGAGUAUCACCCAGACGCCCAGGACGCAUGGAACAUGUGUAUGGACCUGCGCAAGGUGAUCACGGACCUGCUGGACCGCCGAGUGAGGCUCAAGAAGAGGGAGGUGGAGCCGGGCCAGGCCGCCAAGCCGCAGCUGGCGGACCGCUGCGAUGGCGGCGUGGCGGCGGCGGCGCGGCGGCUGCGGGGCAAGGGGCGCUUCGUGGUGGAAGUCAAGUUCGAUGGAGAGCGCAUGCAGGUUCACCGCACCGGCCCUGGCGCCUUCAAGUUCUUCAGCCGGCGCGGCAAGGAGCACGGCGAGCUGCGUGACUUCGGAGUGCUGGCGCCCGCGCUGGAGCAGCAGCUGGGGGGAGGAGGAGCAGGAGGAGGAGCAGGAGGAGCAGGGGGAGGAGCAGGAGGGGGAGGAGGCGGAGGAGCAGCAGGCGGAGGCGAGGGUCGACUGAUCUUGGAUGGCGAGAUGGUGGUGUGGAACAAGGCCAGGCAGGUGUUUGAGCCCUUCGGCGGGCUGACCAGUGCCAUGGACGCGAUCAACAGGGGCGCGGGGCCGGGCCAGGUCAUACGCAUGAAGAUGGGCAACAGUGUGAUGACGUCAGACCCCGACUACGUCUUCCCCCGGGCGCAGGACAUCGAGGUGGUGUAUGUGGUGUUCGAUGUGCUGUACGUGGACGGAGGCAGUGUGCUGGACCUGCCGCUCAGGGAGCGGCACAGGCUGGUCCGCAAGGCGCUGCGUGACGCACCGGAGGCCGGCAUACCGCUGGGCACCUCGGGGGCCAUCCACUUCAGGGCCGUGCCGCUGCUGCCAGGCCUGCCGCUGCUGGGCGGUGAGGCCUACAGCAAGGAGGGCCAGGGCGAGGAGGACAUUCGGGACGUGUACGAGAGGGCCAUUGCAAGACAGGAGGAGGGCAUAGUGGUGAAGCUGGUGGAGUCGCCCUACCGCCUCAACGACCGCUCCGGCAGCUGGCUCAAGGUGAAGCCGGACUACGUGGACAGCACCGAGUUCGACUGCGUGGUAAUCGGCGCCAUGUGGGGCACCGGAGGCAGGCGCGGCGGGCGGCUGAGCGAGUUCCUGCUGGCGCUGGCGGAGGCGCCCGCCACCCCCGGGGCCGAGCCCUCCACAUUCGUCAGCUUCUGCAGGGUGGGCACGGGCCUGAACGCGGAGCAGUACGAGUACGUGCGGGAGCGACUGCGCCCGCUGCUCAUCGAGCUGGGGCCGGGGCAGCGGCCGCCACGCUGCUACCGCGUCACAGGUGACGCCAAGGAGCGGCCGGACGUGUGGGUGCGCGACCCACUCAAGAGCCUGGUCCUGACGGUGAAGGCGGAUGUCCGCACCAUCCAGUCUCAGGUGUUCGCCAGCCGCUACAGCCUCCGCUUCCCGCGCGUGACGGCGGUGCGGGGUGACAAGGCGCCGGCGGACGCCAACAGCGUGGACGAGCUGGACCGACUGGUGGCAGCCAGGAAGGACAGCCUGGCUGACGGUUCAGCGCAGCGGGGCGGCGGCGGCGGCGGCCAGGGCGGCGGCGGCCGCUGGGGCGGGGGCGGCGGCGGGCGGCGCGGUGGCGGCCCCUCGGCCCGGCAGGUGGCGGUGGCGCACGUGCCGCUGCACCUGCGGCCACUGGACAUGUCGCACGUGGCGGUGGACCAGGACCUGCUGGGUGGUCGCUGGGUGCACCUGCGCGCCUGCGAGCGGCCGCCGGGGCUGCGGCAGCGGCUGGCGGCGCUGGUGCGGCGGCUGGGCGGCCGGGAGUCAGCCAACUACGUGUCGGCCGACAAGCCGCAGGCGACCUCCUACGUCAUCGUGGGUCACUGGAACCUGCCCACGCCGCCCCGCCCGCUCACAGCGACUGCCGCCAACCCCGCCGCCACAGCCGGGCCCUCCACCACAGCCCGGCCCCUGCCCACCCAGGCCUACUCCCAGCAGCCCCAGCCCACCGCCACCGCCACCGCACCCACCACCGCCAUCACCACCGCCCGCGCCCCCGCCUCCUCCUCCCUAGCCACGGCUCCCGCCCUGUUCUCGUCUGUGGUGUGUCCCGCCGCGCCUGACGCCUGGCUGGCAGCGGUGUCGGCACACGCCGACCUACUGCGGCCCGAGUGGCUGCAGGCGUGUGCGGAGCGGGGGGUGCUGCUGGAGCCGCCGCCGCCCGAGCUGGCCUGGAGCAUAUGCCCGCAGACCCGUCAGCGCCACUGUGCCGACAUGGACGCCCACGGCGCGCCCUACUUCCAGCACCUCACCGCGGAGGGACUGGAGGCGCUGUUGAACAGGCACGUGACCCCGGCGGCGGUGGCGGAGGCGAGGGCAGCGCUGGAGGCGGCGACGGCCAUGCCGGCGCGCGCACGGCGGCGGGCGCGGCAGGCGGACGCUCGUCGCAACCCCGACGGCCGCACCACGCUGUACGAGACGCUGGACGACGUUGUACGGCGGAUCCGGGACGAGAUCCGGGACGUGGGCGAGAAGCCGCCGCCUGGAUCCAUGUUCCUCGGAUUGCGGCUGUUGUUCCUUGAGCUACAGCCGCUCAUGCCGCAGCCGCCCAUCCUGCAGCGGUGGCGGCAGCAGCAGCGGCGGCAGCAGCAGCAGGGAGGGGGCUGGGAGGCCGAAGAGGAGGAGGAGGCCGAGGAGGGGGCGGGCGGGCUGAUGGCGGGCGUUGCAGAGGCGGUGGCGAACGGUCACCGCUGGGCGCAGCAGGAGGCGCGCGACCGCGUGGAGGCUCUCAAGGCCGCCGUCGUUCGCAACGGCGGCACAGUGGUUGACAUGUGGGACGAGCGUGUGACCCACCUGGUGUUGUACGACGGAGUGGACGAGCGGGAUCCAGGCACGGCGGCGUUGAAGGCGGCGGCGGCGGCGGCGGGCGUGGCGGGCGGCGGCGAGCGCGUCUUCAGUCCAGAGGAGGUGAUUGAGGCGCUGAUCGACAUGUCAGCAUGCGCCCAAGACGAGGACGCAGAGGCGGAGGCCGAGGCGGAGGCGGAGGCCGAAGGCGCAGCCGCGGAGGGCGCAGCAGCGGAGGGCCGGGCUGCCGCGGGCGGCGGCGCGGCCUCCCUGCCGGCGGCGCAGGCGCAUUGCCUGUCGCUCAUUCGCGCGGCUCUGGAGCGGCCCAGCGCGGAGGUGGUGGAGGCGGUGGGCGCGGUGCAGCUCGUGGACUGGCGGUGGGCCCGCGACUCGCUGAAGCGGGCGGAAGACGCCGCCGCUGCGGCAGCCGCAGCAGCCGCAACCGCCGCGGCCCGGCGUGCGGAGCGCCAGCAGCGCCGCACCGCGGCUGGGGCCGCCGCCGCGGCCAACCCCUACCUCAACCACGCCGCCGAGGACGAGGAGGAGGAGGAGCAGCGGGAGGAGGAGGAGCAGGAGGAGCUGGGGCGUGUGGCGGCGCUGGGCUGCCUGUCAGAGCUGCAGUACCCGCCGCGCAUCCGCCCGCCGGCGGAGUGGCAGCUGGCGCCGGCGGCGCAGGCCGGGCCGACUGGGGCAGCGGUGGAAGCGCCGGCAGCAGGGGCGCGCACGGCGGGCGGCACGGCACCUGUGAAGGAGGAGGGCGCAAGGGGCGCUGCAGCAGCAGGGACCGCGAUAGGGACAGGCGUGGGUCCCAGGGAAGCGGGGGACUCCGCGGCCGGCGGCCCAACGGCAGCGCGCGCUGCUGCAGCCGGGCCGGCGGCUACAGCCGGUCCGGCGGCUACUGCCACCGCUACUCUUGCAAAUCUGUGGACGUCGCUUGUGGGUCUCGACAGCGGCUCCGAAGACGAAGAUCGGGAGGAGCGUGGUGGGCUCAAGCAGAGCGGUGGAGGCGGAGCUGGCGUCGCGGCCGCAGCCCCUGGCGGCCAGGCACAGGAUGCCACAGCUGUUGCCGCUGCUAAUGGCGGCAGUGAUAGUAUGGUGUCGGCAGGUGCGCCCCUGUCUUCAGCAGCUGCGAUGGCGGCGGACGGCGCGGCCGCCGCACCGCCGCCGGAUGAGUUCAUUCGCUACUGGCCCUGGGAGCGCUUCCAAAUCCCGCUGCCCGGCCCCGACCAGCUUGCCAAGCUGGGGCGCGGCAGCGGCCGGCAGCGGCGUGGCCAGCGGUGGUCCUCCGACGGCGGCGGCGGCGGCGGCUCCGACGGCGGCACUGCCGGCACGUCGUCGCUUGGUGGCGGCGGCGGCGGAACCAGUAGCAUGACGGCUUCGGGAGGUGCGACACGGGCUGGCGGUGCGGCGGGCGGUGGCGAAGGGGCUGGUGGUGUCAGUGACGGCGGUGUUGACAGCGUGGGCGGGGGCCGUGGGAGGGGCAGGAGCGGGGGCAGGGGCCGCGGCACACGCCGCGCAGGCGGGGGGAGCAAGGCCGCGGUGUCCAGGGGAGCGGCAGCCCGGCGGCGGCAGCGCCGUGCUUCGGAUGAGACUGGGGGCAGCGGCACCGCCGGCGAGACGGACGAGCCGGAGCUGACGCCGUCACGCGGGCGCACCCGGCGCGGCGCGCUGCGGAGGGACAGGCGGAGAGGUGAGGAUGUGGAUGGGCUGCUGGAAGGUGGAGACGAGGCGCCCGAGGAGGGUGCAGAAGGCGCAGGGGCCGAGGCGGCGGCUGACAAGAGAACCGCUGCAAGGCGACGCGGCGGCGGCCGCGGCGGUCGGUCUCGGGCUGCUGCGGCGGCGGCGGCUGUUGGCGGAGAGGGCCGGGCCGGUGGUGGGAGCCAGGAGGGGGCGCCGGAGGAGGCGGCGGCGACCGUGCCAGCCCGACCUCGAAGGCGUGCCGCCGCCAAGGCUGCAGCGGCGGUCGCCGCCGCCGCCACCGCCACUGCAGGGGCGGACUCCAGCGACGGCGGCGGCAGCAACGGCCAUGGCGCCGGCUCCGAGGCCGACGAAGGCGCGGAGCCGGGCGCGGCGGUUGGGCCGCGAUCGCGCCGGCAGGCGCCGCGCAAGCGCCCCGCCGCCUCGCCGCCAGCCGUGCCCGGCCGGGGGGCCAGGGCCGAGCAAGGCCUGCAGGACUUAGGGGCGCAUGGGCAGGCAUUUGAGGAAGGGGCCGAGGAGGAGUUUGUGAAUGAGGAGAUUCAGGCGGCGGAGGCGGAGGCGGGCGCGGCGAGACCCAAGCGGCAGCGCCGCGGCGGCGCGACCCCCACACGCUCCGGCCGGCCGCAGCCGCUCGGUGAUAUCUUCACGCGCGUGGUGCAGCUGCCGCCGGCUGUAGCAGCAGCAGACGCAGGGGCGGUGGCGGGCGCGCCGGAAGCUGUAGCAGCGGGACCAGAAGUGCCUGCAGCUGAGGGGCGGGCGGCUGCAGGCCCGGCAGCAGCGGCAAUGGCGAUCGGCCCCUCCCAGGCACGGCGGGCGCUGCCCGGGCGCUCCCUCACAGCCGCGCCGUUGGGAGGAGCAGACCCUGUGGCGGCGCAACCAACGGGCCAGCUGCCAGCGCAGCCACAGCCGCCGCCGCAGCUGCAGCCCCUGCUGCUAGCGCAGCCACCGCCGCAGCUGCAGCCUCUGCUGCCAGCGCAGCUACAGCCGCAGCCCGGGCUGCAGCCACAGCCGGUGCGUAAGCGGCGACUUGCGGACCUGGCCGCAGCCCGGAACGCCGCCGGUGUGAUGCCUGGCGGUGGUGGUGCUGGCGCUGAUGGGGAUGGGGAGGGAGGUGGCGGCGGCGGCAGUGGCGCGGGCGCCAGCGGGAGGCAAGCGUCCGAGGCCAGCGGUGCGGGGGUGCGUGCCGCGGUUCCGGUGCCGAUUUUGAUUCCGGUGCAGGCGCCGCCAGUAGCACUGGCGGCGGACGCUGUGCCCGGCACGGGUGCUGCGCCUACAGCUGGGGUUGCCGCUGCGUCAGCGGGGCCAGGCAUUGCUGGGGCCGCCCCCGGGGCGACUGGCUCUGUACAGGAGCUGGGUGUAGCGGCGGCAGCGGCGGCAGAACCACAGCCGCCGCAGCAGCACCAGAAUCAGCAGGUGGGCCUGGCGCCUACCCGGCCAGCUCAUGCGGCGGCGGGGCUGCUAAAGCGCAUCUUGAUCAGCGAUUCAGACUCAGACUGAAGUCGUGCGUGUGCGUAUUGCGUGUGUGGUGUGCGUGUGCUUAGCGGUGUGCGUGUGGUGUGCGUGUGCUUGCCCAACAGCGCUGGGGUGCUGCAUUGGGCGCAGUAAAGUAGUCGGCAGGCUGACUGGUUUGAUGGCUGGCUUGAUGGCUUCUGCUGGGCUUCUGCCAGCAUUGGCUGCGGCAGGUUGCGGCGCCGCCCAGUCCUCUAGUUGCUGCGGCGCCGCCCAGUCUUGAGGAGUGCGCGCGGUAAAGUAGGCAUCGUGCGUCGUGUCAAACCGCGACUUUGCGCAGUAGCUCCGUCUGCCGGUGCUGCUGUGCAGACCGGUCAGUCGACACUCCAUACAUCCAACACUUCUUCGGUGACUGUCACGAUGAAGGCAGGCAAGCUAUUGUUGGAAGAUGUACAGUGCAUUUGUCGUGAUGGCUUUACUUGAGCAAGCGUGCAGGGCUGUUUUACUAGGGGUCUGACGAUGUCUGUCUCUGAUCCGAACGACGUCUUUGUAAUUGCAUAUUAAUCGUCACAGUAUAGUAUACGCGUCACUGCUUAAACGUUAACACCAGCGCCUGAUCUGCCCAAAAAGGUUGCCAUCAUCCGCGCCCAGGUUGCUCUGACCCGGCAUUCGACGAACCUAUCUUCUUUGAUCUGCGCCAUAGGAGUUUCAACUCAACACGGAGUACAAUAUAAGCUUACAAAGGAAAGAAGGCCGUUCGCGGUUACCUGCCAUCCCACGUGCACUGCUGGUCAGGUGGACUUUCGGCGAAGACUUUGGGGCGACGGAGAUGAGGCUGUGAGAUAGCGGAGGUGAGCAGGGUCGCGUACAAAGUGAA